GAUUUUCUGAUGUUAAUAAAAUUAGAACAAACAAUUGAAAAAUGUAUAGAUAAGUCAGAAUAAUUAAGUUCUUUCGAAAUUUGUAUAAAAGCCUGCUUAUUAGAGUUUAUUUAAAUUGAAACAAUAUACAUUCAAGUAUAAGUUGUAAAUUUUACAUAUUAAAUGUUUUUACAUUGUUUCAUUUUAGAUGUUAAAAUGUCCCAACCAGAACUAAUUAGCGAUCUGGACGUGCCUGAAAAUUUACAGCAUUCCUGUCAAUGUUCCACAAUAAUGUCCAGCAAUAUGGACCCCAUGAGGACACCAAGAGACAGAAUAGAAAGAAAUAUAAAUAGUACUAGAAUCUCCAACAAACAAGAUUUCUCGCGAAAUCUGGAAAACUUGCAAAACGUUUUCGAACCAAUACGCAGGUUGGAUAGUCCCCAUCAGGAUAAGUCACAGAUCAAUCUGGACAAUACUAGAAACGUCAAUCUGUUGGAACAUCAAGCAAAUAUAUCGUCUAAUUCUAGAUCUAUGAAUAAUCAGAGUUCGUUGUUAUCCCUUCAUGGGCAUAAUCUUUCAUGUAGUCCUCGUGACUUAGAUCUGUCUCGUAAUCUGGCUUUUGAGGCAGCCCGAAGAGUUCAGGAAACCUCGACUUUGCAGGACAAUCAGCACAGUUUGUCCUCGAGUCCUAGCCCCUUGCUGGAGGCAGAAUCGAAUUUACUUGAGACAACCAUCAAAGAAUUAGAUAAGUUGGAAGACCGUGUCAACUUGUCCCCGCAAAAGCAAAACUCUGGCAAGGAAAAACUGAAAAAUGUGCAGCAAGUGUUGAAUCCUUACCAGCAUCAUCACGAGCCCGUGGCAGUGGAGCGUGGCAUUCAUGGACAUUUCCAUAACGAUAUACACGGCCACAUUCACAAGCACCCGGACAAUUUCAGGAACAAUACGAAUCUAGACGAAGGUUUAAUGGGAUUUCAGCAACACCAGCGACAACAUACGCACUAUCAUCAUAGUAACACGAAGACAAAUCUUGCCCAUCAUCACGGAUCUGGGACACAUCACACACACACGCAAGCAAUAACCGGACAUCAUCAUGGAAGUCUGGCAACUAGUCUCACUAAUCAUGUCCAUGGAAAUUCUGGUUCUUUAAGCGGAUCUGGUUCCGGUCCCAUGAACCAAACCAGUUCUGCCACUUCUAUCGGACACCAUCAUUCUACGGCGAUGCCUAUUGCGACUACGAUAAACCACCUGAGCUCCCCCCACAGCCAUCAUCGGCUUAAUGCCGGUUCCAGCUUGGCUCACCAUUCAAACCCUGCCUUUCCCAAUGAUCAUCACGGCGCUUCGGGUGCUCUGAGCGGCGCGUCGUCGAAUUCGAGCAUGAUGAACCACGGUGGAUCGCCCACGGUGCACCGGCACGUGGUCAAUGUCAACAGCAGCUUAUCGACGACACCCUUGGGUGGUCACCAUCACGGCAGCUCAUCGGGUAGUUUAACUGGUCACUCCAGCGUAAACCAUCAUCACGUCAGUUCCGGUAUAUCGUGCGAAUCCUCGUCGUCAAAUGCUAAUACUAGGACGCACAGUAGGUUGGAUCACGUUCACGAUCUUAACCAUCAUCACCUACAAUCAGUACACUCGUUGCAUGUAAGUCAUCCCGAGACCAGGUCAAGAGAUCGGACGCCCUCCAGCUUGGAUCAUCAUGGACACCUUCAUGGUCACAUACAUAAUCACGGCCAUCCACACGGGCAGAGCGAUACUAAAAAUGCCGCUCUUAUGGGCAUUGACGCUAUUCAGGUUUCGAUGCCAACAAAAAAUAAAUGUCAAUGUCACGUGAUGCAGUCUGGAGGAAACAACGGAGGAACCGAGGGCGAGAGUGACGGAGGCGUCGAAGUGGCAUCAAGAACGCAUCAACCCCCUGCCCUUCCACCGCGUCCGCCACCGAGGCCAACGAGACGUUAUGAAACGACUACUGCCGAUCAAUGUCACACCGGCGAAGGCGGCUGCUGCAAGAAGUACGUUGUCCUUUGCUACCUCUGCGGUGGAUUGAGCACGGCGGUCGGCAGCCUUUUUUUGGCGGUGCACGCGAUCCUUUCGGCCCACACGGACAGUCUAGCUCUCUUCGAGACCGUGCCGUCGUACAUUCCUGGCAUUAUGUUGAUCCUGAUGGGUUUCUUCACAAUGCUGUUAGCUAGGCGAAAGCAUAGAUACGGACUUCUGAUGAAAGUCUGCGGUUCCGUGGGAGUGGUGUGCGCGCUAGUGUGCGUGCUCGUCACCGUCACGACUACGGUAAUUCACAUGUCCCGAUUGCAGAAUCUCCGCGAGUGCGUUUACACUGCGCGCGCGAGAUCGUGCACGUGUUACGGUGCACCGCAAUCGAAGGGAGAUCCCGGUGUGCUUUUCGAGGGGACGCCUCACUGCGAGGCGGUGCACGGGGCAUUGUCGGACUGCCUAAGGGCUCUUUUCGGCGUGUCGGUGGCCGGUAUACUGUCUUGCAUAUUCUCGUGCAUGCUGGUGUAUCAGCUGCUGAGCCACGAGAAGAAGAAAAUGUAUUGGGAACAGUUGGAGCUGAGAUGCAGAUCGUUGUACGGCCAGGGCGGUACCGUGGGACCUCCGGCUGGGUCCUGCGGAUGCUGCAACGAUUGCGGGGGCGCGAAUCCGUGGUGGGCCCAGACACCCGGGAAUCUGUACACCCCAAAUCCUGAUAUGGCGCCGUCCAGAAGAUGGCGAUUACCUUGGUCAAGAUCGAGAGGUCCAGCACCGAGUCCGGAUUCGAAUUAUGGUUUUCAUACGCAAACACGACCAACGGAAACCAAUGUGGAGAGCGGAGCCGGUCCUUAUAGUGUCUUUAACUCGCAGUCGAGUGGUCCUUACUCCGUUUUAAACGCCCCGAAUGCUCCGUACACUCCGAGCACAGCGUCAUAUAGCGUUUUGGAAACUCCAGUGCCAUUGUGGGGACCGCCACCUCCAUAUAGCGAUCCUAACAGUCCCGCCAGACGACCGCAAAUGACCGAAUCGAGAGCCAGGAUAGCUAAGAGGAUGGAUAAUUUUGAAAAUAAUGAAGAUCAUAGAUCGAGAUCCGUGAAGCGUCCUUCGGAUAAUUACGAGAACGCCGAGGAGAUCUCCAAUAGCACGGACCCUGAGGGCGGGAACGAAGGAACCAUUAAAGGUAGGAGACCCAGAAAGCCUUUGAAAGGCGUGGAAAAUGGAGCAUUUCAACAAGAAGCGAAUCCCGGCCCGAAACAAUCCGAAAGCGAACUAUAUUUCGGUGACGUGUCCUCGUGUUGUGGACCCGAGAGCAGCUUUUACGAUCUGGCUGUGGAAAAAGAAGGUGCAGAACAUACGGAAGGUGUAGACUAUCUAGCGACCAGACUGGGCAAGCGUCAACUUUCGAAGAGGUCUCGAUUGCCUCUUCCUUUGCCUGCGGUCAACGGCGACAUUCCCUGUGACAAUUACGCGAACAGCGACGAACCGAGUAGCGCGAGAGGUCCGUUCCUCGCUCCCGAUGCGCAGUACGAAGUGAUUCAGCAGGGCCGUUACGGAUCCUAUUACGGGUCGAAGGACGACGAGGAACUGCAGGAUGGUCCAGCGAAUUCCAGUUAUUUCCAAGAGGACGAGAACGACAGGGGACGUGAAAGGGAUUACAGGGAUUACAGAAACAGUCAGGAGGAAGAAACGCCGCAGUGCUGCUUGAGCGAUUCGACGACUCUGGACUCUGGUUGGCAAAGCGGGGAGCAACAACAAUCGGACGAUAACGUUCGACCGGUGAACGUGUGAUCUUAGCGUUUUUAGAUCGGUGAUCGAAGCCGCUAAAAUGAGAGCAAAGGUAACAGACGAUUAUUCGUUUCUUGCGGAAAAGUGUUACACAAAAACAAUUAACAAAACAGUGAAGGAAGUGCGUGACAAUAGUUUUGAUCUGUGAAUAAUUUAGAUUGAUAGUAUGUAGAUCUUGUUCUCAAGUAAACAAAGCGAGUGAGUGAAAUUGCUGAGAUCCAAUUCUUUGAACUUAAUUUACGGAAUAGGGAAGUUAGGAGCGUGUGGAAUAUUUGAGGAUUGGCAGAUAUGAUCCUAGUCGGAUGAUAAUAGAUCCGCUUUUAAAAAGCGUAGCUAACUUAAUUAAUUAAAAUUACUGCACUAAGUUUAAAUAACAUAGUGUGAAAUACUCUAGCUAGAAUAGUAUGCGUGUCAGUUUAUUGUAUCGAUUUUCCUUCUUCAAAUAAGCACAAUUACUAAAAAAGAAACUGAAGACACUAUUUCACAUCUUUUAAAUAAAUUAAACAUUUAUGAAUGUAACGCACGACACAAAUAUUGUUUCCAUAAAUAUUAUUUAUUUAAUAGUUAUUAAUUUUAUUUUUUACGUAGGUAAACGAACGUUACGAUAUUUUCUUCUUAUUCUAUUAAAAUAAAUAUUUUUGCAAUUGUAUUCAAAGUUUCUGUGGUUUAUUUAUAAAUUUUAAAUAUUACAGUAAUCUUAAUCCGGUUUUGGCCGCGCAAUAAGCGCUUUUUUACUUAUCUAUUUAUUUUUUAAGGCAAUUUAGUUUAAAUUAUUAUAAAUACUUUUAUUUUUAUGUGAAAUGAUUGACGACGAACUAUAUAGAUGCCAUAUAAAGAAUAAUGCUAGUGAAGACAGACAGACUUUAAUGAUAAUUUGUAGUGAUAAAAAUUAUAAUAACGUCAAACACAAGUGCUAAUCUCGAUUUUGAAGAGAAUAAACUGCCAUUAAUUUCUCUUGUAAGAAGCUUGCAAGUUCAAUAUAAUCUACAUAUGUGUAAAAUUUUUUUAUAAUUAAAGAAUAGAUGCGUUAUAAACGGAAUACGAUCAAGUGAUAACUUAUGCUAAUCCUCUAUAGAAGUGAUGUGAACAAUUAAAACUCGUAUAUGAAAGACGCAUAGAAAGAUGCUCGUGUUCAACAUCGGAUGUGAAUCUACAUAUGAAAUCGGAUGUGAUUCGUAAUAGAUGAAGCGAAGCAACUUGAUCGAUUGUAUUAAAAUAAGAUCAACUGUUAACUAAAAAUGUUAAUCAGGUAGGAUGAAAUAUUCGCGACAAAUUCUGUGUAUUUUUGCUAAUUGCAAUGUUGCUCGUAGUAAUAAAUAAUAGCAAGUGUUAAAUAUAUCGAGAAAUUAUCUGCGACGAGAGAACAAAUGACAGCGGAUGAGAAAGAAGGGAAGAAUAAUAGUUUCGUAGUUUGGGAUUGUUUGUUGAAAAUAUAUGUCCGCUCCAAGGAACGGAUGUAUACUUUGCUAGGAAGAGACAUUCGCUCUAUUAGAUACUCACUUAUUAUUUCGUACUAUUUAUUGCAUUUGUCUUUUAGUAGUAACGCCUGUAAGUACUUUUACCUGAUGUUUUAAUGAAAAUUUACGUCUAUUGCGCAUUGAAAUUAAAAUCGUUGAUUAAUCGUUGAUUAGACAAUUAUUUUUUGUUGGAUACGCGAUACCAUGUACAAAAGUGUGCUUUACUCUUGCCAAUUAGGUGUUAGCUGUAAUUUUUAAAUUGUUGAUUAUCUUGAAGAUAUCAAUGAUUUAACGAUAUUCGUUCUUAAUCAUAAGAAAUAUAUUUAUAAUUAAAGUUUAAUCUUUUGCGAUUAAUAAAUCGUUUUAUUGCUAUUCAUAAUUCUGAUUUAUUUCUUAGUAUCGCUACAUUCGCGAAACGUCAUUAAUCCAUAUUUUCCUCUCGGUUAAGAAUUUUAUGUGAACCUUUUAUUUGAUUAAUUGUAUCUUCUAUCAUAAUCUUAUUAUCGAAUCACUCCUUUAUAUAAAUACUGUAAACAUUUGCUUUCACAAUCACAAGUCAGAUGGACCAAGAACAAUAUAGAAAGAUCAAUCACACUAAUUAGAUUACUAAAAUACUCAUUGAUUAUCUAUUUUCGGCUGCUCGACAUGCAAACGUGAAUAAAAUGCAUAUUUUAUUAUACAAAAGCGGCAAUAGUCAGAUUGUAGCACAUUAGCUUAAUGUCAUAUAAGUGAAUAAAGUGUACCUUAAAGGCGAAUCCCGAGUCGUAGUAAGGCUGAUGCGCUAUCGAGUAAUGUACUUGACAAUGAUUAAAAAAUAAAGAACGAUUUUGCGAAGAAGGCUGCGUGCGAUACGAUGGUGGUCCUCUCCUUGAACUAUGGAUUGUUCUCCAUAUUAUUACACAAAUUACUCGAUAUAUGAUAAAUGUGAUAAGCCGAGGCGAAAAUCCCAUUGCAUGCUAAAUGUACGAGUGUAAAUCAUAUAGAAAUAAUAAUAAUAAUAUUUAUCUUAGAGUA